CACCCUCAUCACAAAAGACAUAACCAGCAUGCCAUUGCCCUCUUCAUUUUCCCUCUUGCUCUCCAUUUUUUUAUUGUUUUUCCUUUAUUUCUGUUCCCAUCUUAGGUUUGUGAUCACUCUUCUUUAAUUAACACUUGCACCGAUCCACACAUAUCUGUAUCUCUAUAUCGUUCUAAUUCAAAGUCUCUUAAAAAGGCACACGAAUGCAUACACACACCGUGCCCUUGAAGUAAAUUAAGGACUUUGGCCGCCCCCGCCGCUUGCUUUUUGCUGUUUAGGUUGUCUUCUUUCCUUUGUCACAGACAGAGCUCUUGAUUUCCAGCUGCUAAGUUUCAGGACAGCAACAGAUACUAGAUUUAAGGGAGAAUGAUGGCAGGAAACGGACAACUAUCAGUUCCUCCAGGUUUCAGAUUCCAUCCAACAGAUGAAGAGCUUCUGUACUAUUAUCUGAGGAAGAAGGUCUCGUAUGAAGCCAUUGACCUGGAUGUUAUCAGGGAGGUGGACCUCAAUAAACUUGAGCCAUGGGAUCUCAAAGACAAAUGCAGGAUUGGUUCGGGUCCUCAAAAUGAGUGGUAUUUCUUCAGCCACAAGGACAAGAAAUAUCCAACCGGGACUCGAACAAACCGGGCAACCACCGCAGGUUUCUGGAAAGCAACAGGAAGGGAUAAGGCCAUCCAUCUAAGCAACUCUCAGAGGAUUGGUAUGAGAAAAACCCUAGUCUUCUACACUGGACGUGCUCCUCAUGGUCAAAAGACUGAUUGGAUCAUGCAUGAGUACCGCUUGGACGAUGACAACUCUGAGGUUCAGGAAGAUGGCUGGGUUGUCUGUAGGGUUUUCAAGAAGAAGAAUCAAACUAGAGGUUUCCUACCAGAAGUUUCUCAAGAAGAACACUUCUCUCAAAUGAAGGCUAGCGCUUCUUCUCUUCCACUGGAGCCAAAACAAAACCAUAUGCAAUCAAUAUAUGAUGACUAUACCUUUGAUGGCUCCAUGCAUCUCCCACAGUUAUUUAGUCCGGAAUCAGCUGUUGCCCCAUCAUUUGUAUCACCUCUCUCUUUGAACAACAUGGACGACAUUGAGUGCUCACAGAAUUUGUUGAGGUUAACAUCUACUGGUUGUGGACUUGUGCAGCCUGCAGGGAGGUUCAAUGGUGAUUGGUCCUUUCUGGAUAAGCUUCUUGCUUCUCAACAAAACCUGGAUCAUCAUCAGCACUACCAAAACAAAGGCAAUUCUUCAUCCCAAAUUGUUGACCAUGUGGGUGCUUCAACUCAGAAAUUCCCAUUUCAAUACCUUGGCUUUGAGACUGACAUUCUGAGAUUUUCCAAGUAGAGUUGCGACGUUCCAAGUCAUUAACCGUGCUGCAUCUUAUCUUCUUAAACUGGAGGGAGCAUGUAUUUUUAGUCAUAACAGGGAUGGGGAAUCCAUAUCAAUUAUGUUCUUGCUAUUUUAUGAGUUGGUUUUUUAUUAUUAAAAUGUAUAUAUAGAAGGUUCAGGACAAGAUCCUUAAUUCAUCCGAUUAUCCCCUUUAUUU